UGUUCUUAUGUGGACAACAGCCAAGUACGUCGAACAACAACCGAUGACCUGGCAGAACACAACACACACUCGCGUUGGCGAUGGCUUAGCGAUGACCGGGCGCUUCUCUAUUGUGGAGCAGAGGCGGAACUGUGGAUGAUCCCAUUAUAUCUUUCUUGUCCCAUUGUUCCCGAUAAUGUCAAGUAUAAAGACCAAGCCACGGCAUGGAUUUUGUACUCGUCGUGUUCAUACCAAUCUCGUCAGUGACGAAGUGGACUAUCCUUCUUUUGCUUCACCCUCUUUGCUUCUAACUUACGACCCGGCAUUGACUGCCAUUCCUCACAAGCUGGUCUUAGGCAGAUACUCGAAACACUCCGUCAUCGCUUAAGUCGAUAACCUUCCAGUACAUCUACGCCAUGAAGCUUUCCGUUCUUGCAACUCUCGUACUCUCUUCCUUCACCGUCGCUCUUCCGAGCCUCAAGCGCCGCGCGGGAAGCUUUGUAUUGCAGAAUGGUAUUGACGCGAUCAAUUUGAACAACCAGUUCAAGUCGCUGACUGCAUCCUCGCCAUGCACCUCUGGCAAUGCAUGUGUCAACGGCGAAUUUGCUCAGUGCGUCAAUGGGCAGUACGUCCUCACUUCAUGUGGCUCAGGUUUAAUUUGCGCUGCGCUUCCUCUUGUUAACUCUGCUGGAACCAGCAUCACUUGCACCACUCAAGCAGACCUGAACUCACGUAUUGCUGCCACUGGCGCAACUGCCAACGGAACAACCACAACCACGACAGGCAGUCCCUCCAAUGUCACCACUACGUCUAGCUCAGUUCUUACAGCUACUACAACAGCAGGCUCUGGAUCGAGUUCCAACUCAAGUGCUCAAGCCUCCCUAACGCUGCUGUCAAGCGUUGUCGCUCCUGGUUUUGCUCAGAAUGGUCAGAACACAAACACCUCUGAGGCUGGCGAAUUUCCCUCUUUGACCUCCAACAACAACUUCAUCAACUAUUGUGCCACUUUGACCAAUCUCCCUAUUACGAAUGGCCAACAGAAAAAAAACGGUUCUUGCAACCCCGCUCCCAUGGGUGCCAUCCCUUCCACCUCGAAUAUGCCCAGCGCAAAGUUUGUCACUCCCAACAACCUAGCUGUUCUUCCAGCGAACACCACUUUCCAGGUGACGCUGGCGAUGAAGGGACUGCAGACUGGGUUCUUCGUUAAUCCGGACACCAAUUACUUUGCCGCUCCCCAGCAAAUCGACCCUACAUCUGGGCAAAUUCAAGGUCACGCCCACAUUGUUAUUGAGGCGCUUCAAUCCCUUACGCAGACCACCCCAACCGACCCCACCAAGUUUGCAUAUUUCCUUGGUAUGAAUAGCAAGGCGGAUGCAAAUGGUCAACUUUAUGCCAACAUCACUGGCGGUUUGCCUGAGGGGACGUACAAGAUGUCCACCAUUAUCAGCGCGAUGAACCAUCAACCAGUCCUUGUCGCUGUGGCGCAGCACGGAGCAUUGGAUGAUCAGAUCUACUUCACGGUUGUUGCCUCUGGCCAGAAUGGCACGACCACGACAACGACGUCCAUUGGUAGCUCGCCGCUUCCUUCGACUGCUUCAAAUGUCUCUUCUGUGUCUACGAGUUCCAGCACGCCCGCAACCACGAGCGCCGCGCCCACCACAAACUGCGCAUAACGUGGCGGUACUGCUCACGACCUUAUAGCAAGGCUCAACUGGCUUGAGUCCAGAUUGCCGCUUUCCUUGCAUUUGCAUUCGGACCAUAACUGAUGGAAUUUACGUCGCACGAUUCAUAGUGAGCAAGGUUGCUCUCAUCAAUUUCAGUGUAGCGAUUAUAGUGCUAUGUACAACCAGUAUGUUUUUUUAGGUCAUUAGCUUAUAUCAAAUAGUUCUAUCACUCUUUAAAUGAGAUGGCUUUGAUACAAAUUAGAACUGUAUAUAAAUUUGCGAGGCUCAUCAGGCGGAGUGCCGCCUACUCCAUUACGAG